GGAAGUUGUCUGACAUAGAAAGUGGGAAAUUCAAAAUUCAAAACAUUUUUGAAUUAAAUAUGUUUGGGCAAUUUUAGUUUUAUAUCGGAUUACAUACCUAUGAACAGAGUAAACCAUUGUCUCUUUUGAAUGUUAAAGUAACGUUCUUUGUUGUUUUAAAUUUGCUUUUUAUUUGCGUUUUAAAGCGAACAGUCACUGGAGUACAGCUGUUCUAAGAGGCCCACAGUAUGCCUGCAGACAACACCUCUGAACUUCUCAAGCACUAUGAGGUUUAUGAAACCAUUGGCUCAGGGGGGUUUGCCAAGGUCAAACUUGGCAGGCACUUACUGACAGGAGAGAAAGUGGCCAUCAAAAUAAUGGAGAAGAAAGACCUAGGGGAUGACCUGCCACGAGUUAAAAUAGAGAUUGAGGCUAUGAAGAACCUCAGUCAUCAACAUGUGUGUCGUCUCUACCAUGUCAUCGAGACAUCUAGCAAGAUCUACAUGGUGCUUGAGUACUGUCCUGGAGGAGAACUGUUUGAUUACAUCAUUGCUAAAGACCGGUUAUCAGAGGAGGAGACUCGAAUGUUUUUCCGUCAGAUCAUCUCUGCUUUGGCCUAUGUUCACAGCCAGGGCUAUGCCCACAGAGACCUCAAACCGGAAAACCUGCUAAUUGAUGAAGAUCAGAACCUGAAACUCAUUGACUUUGGCCUUUGUGCCAAACCAAAGGGCGGUUUGGGUUAUGAACUGAUGACCUGCUGUGGCAGUCCAGCAUACGCAGCUCCAGAGCUCAUUCAGGGCAAGGCGUACAUUGGCUCUGAGGCUGAUGUAUGGAGCAUAGGUGUGUUGCUAUAUGCUCUCCUGUGUGGUUUUCUACCAUUUGAUGAUGACAAUUGCAUGGUCCUCUACAGAAAAAUCACACGAGGCAAAUACAGAAUCCCACAGUGGCUUUCACCUGCCAGCAUUCUGCUUCUAAACCAUACGAUGCAGGUGGACCCAAAGAGGCGUUUGACAGUAAAACAGUUGCUUGAUCACCCCUGGGUUAUGAUGGGUUACAGUACACCAGUAGAGUGGCACAGUAAACACCCUUUGGGUCACAUAGAUGACGACUGUAUUACUGAAAUGGCAGUGGCUUUCAAACAGUCCAGACAUCGCACAAUCCAGCUUGUGUCAGAGUGGAAGUAUGACCACAUGACAGCCACCUACCUUUUACUGCUGGCUAAAAAGCGUCAGGGUCGUCCUGUGCGUUUAAGACCAGAAUGGCCUGUGCUGGACCUCACCAACUCCCCUCUAAAGGACAUACAACUGAAGAAGAAUCUACGCUUGAGUGAGGAUGAUGAUGGUGUUCACCCAGUGGUGCCUGGCUCUCUGGUCUUCCUCCCUAAUUGCUACAAUGACGAGAAUCCCUGGACCCCUCUCACGCCCAAGAACACACACACCACAAACACUCCACACAUGAAAAAUAUCUCCAAAACAUCAGAGAAGCGGAAUGAAAUAGGCCACUCCCCCUUCAUAGACCAAGGCAGGCCCUGCCCACUGAAACCAGAGAGACGUGAUGGGACGAGAGAAAAUAAAGAGAAUCUUGCCGUAACCAGCGCCGAUGGAGAUGGUUUUGCUCUGCCUGCGCCCCGAACGCCAAUGUGCAGUAGAAAAGCCCGAACCAACAGAACUGCGACAACACCCAACAACAACAUUACAAACACGAGUAGUGAUCCAAACAAAGGAGUGGGCAGUGCUUCUAAAGAAGUGUCCCGCAGGAGAGAGUUGGACCAACAGCAGAGCAGCCAACAAGGAGAGCUGGAGAUACUGGCUUUCAGCCCUGAGAGGAGGUCUCGAUCUCUGGACUUGGCAGGCUGUCAGGUGGACAGUGGACAGAAGCGUAAAGGUGGGAAGGUGUUCGGCAGUCUGGAGAGAGGCCUUGAUAAAGUUAUCACAAUGCUCACACCCAGCAAGAGGAGAGGACUGAAUGACGGGCCACGCAAAAUAAAGGCUCAAUACAACGUGACGCUCACCAGUCAGACUAAUGCAGACCAAGUGCUCAAUGAGAUUCUCAGCAUCUUACUGGAGAAGAAUGUGGACUUCGUUCAGAAGGGCUAUACUCUGAAGUGCCACAAAAAGUCAGACUUUGGGAAGGUAACCAUGCAGUUUGAGCUGGAGGUGUGUAUCCUACAGAAGUCAGAGGUGGUUGGGAUUCGUCGGCAACGGCUCAAAGGUGAUGCCUGGGUGUACAAGCAUCUGGUCGAGAACAUCCUUUCCACAUCCAGCAUCUGAUGUCACUGUGUCCUCUGCAAGGGUGAAAUUGCAUCACUGGUUCACCAUAAGUUAAACACGUUGAUGAGGUCCGUUUGAUGUCCAUUCAAGUUCCACAUUUCACUAUUCGUAUGGUGCAUCAUUUUGCCUCAGGUACCACUUAUACCGCACAGUGUUGUUUGUCACAUUCUGCUCUUAACAGAAAUGCAAAUAUUUUUUUGUCACUUUAUACUAAUUUCUCAUUAUGGAAUGGUAACUUCUCCCUUCUAGUUCAACAUUAAUCACUAUUUAUCUAGCACUAUAGCACCAAAUGUCUCUUAUUUUCUCUUUUAUUUGUUUUUGUGUUUCUGUAUCUUAUGUCACGUUUUAUUUGUUUUUAGCAUUUUU